AGCGGCCGGGGGGGCUGCGCCGUGGGACCGGGCCCGGACGACCUCUGCGUGCGCCCCGGCAGCGCCGCGGGACGGGCACGGACGCACGCCCGGGGCUUCGGUCGCCGUGGGGCCGUGAUUAGCAGCUCCCGCCCGGACAAUUAAAAUGCAGCGCUGGGGCAUGGCCGUCAAUGUGUACUCGACGUCGGUGACCAGCGAGAACCUGAGCCGCCAUGACAUGCUGGCCUGGGUCAACGACUCCCUGCAGCUCAACUACACCAAGAUCGAGCAGCUGUGCUCAGGGGCUGCGUAUUGCCAGUUCAUGGACAUGCUGUUCCCCGGCUGCGUGCACCUGCGCAAGGUGAAGUUCCAGGCCAAGCUGGAGCACGAGUACAUCCACAACUUCAAGGUGCUGCAGGCCGCCUUCAAGAAGAUGGGAGUGGACAAAAUCAUCGCUGUGGAGCGGCUGGUGAAGGGCAAGUUCCAGGACAAUUUUGAGUUCAUCCAGUGGUUCAAGAAAUUCUUUGACGCCAACUACGACGGGAAGGAGUACAACCCGCUGCUGGCGCGGCAGGGCCAGGACGUCGCGCCCCCCCCUAACCCAGGUGAUCACAUCUACAACAAACCCAAGAAACCCAUUGGCACUGCAGUCCCCCAGAGGACCUCCCCCACGGGCCCCAAGAACACCCCGAACCCAGCCCGCCUCGGCAACGUGCCCAGCGGCAUCCUACGGAAAAACUCGCCCGCCGCCCGCAACGGCGGCACCGAGGCCGACGCGCAGAUCCUGGAGCUCAACCAGCAGCUGAUGGACCUGAAGCUGACAGUGGAUGGGCUGGAGAAGGAGCGGGAUUUCUACUUCAGCAAACUGCGGGACAUUGAGCUCAUCUGCCAGGAGCACGAGAACGAGAACAGCCCCAUCAUCACCGGCAUCGUCAGCGUCCUCUAUGCCACGGAGGAGGGCUUCGCCCCACCAGAGGACGACGAGCUGGAGGAGCAGCCGCCAGAGGAGCAGGACGAGUACUAGCCCCGGCCCGCGCCCGCGCCCCCGCGCCGCCCCCACCAUAGACAUUGAGGCCGAGCCCGCGCCUCGCCCCGCACCGUCACACGCCAUCGCCGUCUCGGCAGCUCGGGGGAAACCACCAUCUCCAUAACCGGCGACAUCCCUCGGGCGAGAGCGGCCGCG